UCAGACACUUGACAUGCGCGGAGAGAGUAAUGAUACAAGUUCUUGAGCAGACCAGACUCAUAUCUAUCGAGAGGUGGCAAAGACCAAACAUCUGCCGCUGGGAUUAAACACACUAUGGAAUCAUGAUAUCAGCAGAAGAUGGAGACGAGUUAGAUGAGGCUGCUCAGAGCUAUGCCACCACCUGGAGCUGGACCCGUCAAACCAUGAAUUUCGUGGGCCAGUUGGCGGGCCAGGUGUUUGUCCAGGUCAAAGAGCUGUACCGAGGCCUCAAUCCCGCCACCCUCUCUGGCUGCAUCGACGUCAUUGUUGUGAGACAGCCCGAUGGCUCCCUGCAGUGCUCGCCAUUCCACGUGCGCUUUGGCAAGCUGGGGGUCCUACGGUCCCGGGAGAAAGUGGUGGACAUGGAAAUCAACGGAGAACCAGUAGAUCUCCACAUGAAGCUCGGGGAGAACGGCGAGGCGUUUUUUGUGCAAGAAACAGAAAAUGAUCAGGAAGUGGUUCCCUCCUACCUGGCCACCUCUCCUAUCCUAUCGGAUGGACCCGUUUUGAUGGGGAAGAUCUCCGGGACACCCAUACAGAAUCUGUGCUCCGGGGCAAGCAAUGGCGAGAACAGUAACGUGAUGAUGAAGAAAAGGAGGAAGAGGAGGAGGAAGGCUCGGGCGGACAGCCUGAGGAGAGAGGAAAGUGGAGACUACUCUGCGGACGAAGAUAUGUUCCCCAUAGACAUCAGCUCGGAUGAAGUGGCAGAAAUGGAGAGCAACAGGUCUCGGGAUGUGUCUAGAGAGGAGAACACGGUUGGUUCGACCAACAGUUCUUUCAAACAGGCUGGCAUGUACACUCGUUCAGAUGGGGAGUGGAGUCCCAUUCAGAGUCCUGGAAACUCUCGCCCCACAUCUCCCAAGAGUGAUUCUGAGCUAAUUGGCAAACCGUCAAACACAGACAAUCAGAAUCCAGAAAUGCACUGGGCGUGGGGAGAGCUGCCUCAGGCCGCCAUGCCAUCUGUCCUUUCACUGAAGUCCAGCCCUCCACCAGUUUGCCCCGUAUCUAUCCCGGUGUCUGAAAGCACGCACUUCCGUGUGAUUACGCCUGAGGUGUCUUCGGAACAGUGCGGACCCUGCUCGGAAAUACAAGCACUGCGACUGCUGAUGCCGACAGAGACGAUGCACACAGAGGAAAUGGUCGUCGCAGAUGGGCCGGAUGCAGAAUCCAUUGGGAUGGAGUCUCAAACGGUAACUUCGGAGAUGCAAGUUACAACAGUGGGAGGCGUGGCAGCUCGUAUGGUGGCCGACAUGGAGGACACUUCACCUCGUCCACAAGGCAAAGCGGACUCUCCGUCAAAGAAAAAAGAUAAAAGGAGUCGCCAUCUUGGUUCUGAUGGGAUUUAUCUGGACGACAUCACUGAGCUUGAACCGGAAGUGGCAGCCCUUUAUUUUCCUAAGAGUGACACCGGUGCAACAGUGAGGAGCAUCUCAGAUCUGGGCCUCCACAGCACCAGUCAGUCUCCUCAGUCUGUAAGCUCUGGAGGAGACAGUGGAGUAGACAGUUACUGCGAUCCCAUGUCUGACCUGCCAUCGAUUGCCAUCUCUUUGUGUGGGGGGCUCAAUGACAACAGGGAGAUCACGAAAGAGCAAUUUUAUAAGAAGACCGUGUCCUAUCAGCAGUUCACAGAGAACCCCUCUAUCAUCGACGACCCCAACUUAGUGGUGAAAAUUGGCUCAAAGUACUAUAAUUGGAACACUGCAGCUCCGCUUGUGCUGGCUAUGCAAGCCUUUCAGAAGCCUCUGCCAAAGGCUGCAGUGGAGAACAUUAUGAAGGAGAAGAUGCCCAAGAAAGGAGGAAGGUGGUGGUUCUCCUGGAGAAGCAGAAACAGCAGUGCCAAAUCGGAUUCAGCCUCUGAGCGUGGGGCCUGUUGCACUGCUGAGCAGGUUGGGAAUAUGACAAGCAGACUGAAAGAAGAGUCAUCCUCUAGUGAUGAGGACCACCGGGAAGCCAAGCAGAACUCUUCCCCCAUACAGACAGAGCCGGUACUCACAACGGGAGGCGUGUCUUAUAAGAAAACUCUCCGACUCACAUCAGAGCAGCUGCUGUCUCUUCAGUUGCAAGACGGGCCUAACGAUGUCGUGUUCAGCGUCACCACUCAGUACCAGGGAACCUGUCGCUGUCAAGGCACCAUCUACCUCUGGAACUGGGAUGACAAGAUAAUUAUCUCCGACAUAGAUGGAACCAUUACCAGGUGCGUGUGUCUUGUUUUUGUUUUUAUUUGUUUUUUUUAAUGCAUAAUGAAGUUUAGUUUGGACGGCAAAUCUACUAGAAGUGGCUCCAGUAUUAGGUUCAUCUGCAUGCUGUACAACUCUGUGCACAGCAGGGUUCAAAAUGGCUACAAGUUCUUGUACUGCUCAGCCCGAGCGAUCGGCAUGGCUGACAUGACUAGAGGUUACCUCAACUGGGUCAACGAGAGAGGCACUAUGCUUCCUAUGGGCCCCGUCCUCUUGAGCCCGAGCAGCCUCUUUUCAGCUCUGCACAGGGAGGUGAUAGAGAAGAAGCCGGAGAAGUUCAAGGUAGAGUGUCUCACUGAUAUCAAGAACCUCUUCUACCCCAACAAGCAGCCGUUCUACGCAGCAUUCGGCAACAGACCGACGGAUGUAUACUCAUACAAAGAAGUUGGGGUGUCACUAAACAGGAUUUUUACAGUGAACCCCAAAGGGGAGCUGGUGCAGGAGCACGCCAAGACCAACAUCUCAUCCUACGUACGUUUGUGUGAGGUCGUUGACCACGUGUUUCCGCUGAAGGCCCGAGCGUCCUCCUCUGACUUCCCCUGCUCGGACACCUACAGCCACUUCACCUACUGGAGGGAGCAGUUCCCCCUGGUGGAGAGUCAGGAAACUACACCUCAACAGACCGCCAGCUCCAGCAGCUGACCGACUACCUCUGGCCUUUGGAGCAAGGACUGAAUGAUGGUGUGCUUGAGAUGUAGCAGAGGGUUGGAGAAUGAUGUGUGCGAGUGUAUAAUUGUUGAGUUUUUGUUUUGUUUUUUCAACAGAAGAUGGAGCACUUUAUAAGUGGACAGCGGAGAGUAAAACUAGUAAACGAGUAAAGCAAUCUGCUGUGAAUAGUCUUAAUGCACAAGAUGGAUAUAAGCGCACUUUUAUUAAAAGAUGGACUUUGGGGUCAUCUGACUAAACGUAUGUAUGUGUAGUGAGGAAUAAAAUAUUAGUAUUUUAUUCAGGCAGCUUAGUAUGGAUACUAUUUUAUAGGGAGUGUUGACAAUAUUUCAGUAGCUAGACUACAAUCUAUGACCUAGACAGUUCUUUAACACACACUAUAGCUGAAUUAUGGCCUCUGUUUAUCAUAACGAGAGAGCAGGUUACUUAAAUUUGUGCCAAAUAGUCAACGUGGAAUUUAUUUUCUUACUGUGAUCAUCUGCUCUGCAGGGCCAGAAGUGGUGUAAACAUUUCCACAUACAUACAUGGCUUAAAUUAAAACAGUAUAGUUAAACCAGCAUCUUCAGUUGAAUUCUACAUUUGGCGUUAUUUCUGCGUUUAUUUAUAUAUUUAUUUAACCGAUGCCAUUUUUUGUCCUCUUUAGUGGACACACAGCGUUCAAUCAGCAUGGAAGUGCAGCUCUCCACAUGCAUUUGUACUAUGUAGCAACACAUACGUGAGGCGACCGAGCCAGUGAGUGUCAGGACAGAAAAGCACAACACUUUAAAGCAUCGUCUUCCUUAUUUGCGAGAGGGACUGGUGAAAUAUUUGUUUAUCUAUUCAGAGUCUGCACGUGUUGUGGUGAGAAUGUGAUUUCAGUUUGUGAGGUGCAGUUUUUAGCCUUUCUGUUAUAGUUCAUCUAGUCUACGUUACUGUAUAAGAUGCAGACUGUGUAAGAUGUAGCGUACACUUCUGCUACUGCUAGCAGCUAAGAGAGGUCAUUGUAUUUUAAGAAAAAAAGGGUCUUUAUAUCAUAUAAUGCGGUCAUAUGAAUGUGUAAACAGGGACUGAGUUACUUAACAAAUAAAAUUGGCAGAGUAUUAUCAGCCUGUAGUAUAGUUUCUAAGAGAUGGUGUGUGUGUGUGUGUGUGUGUGUGUGUGUACAUAAUGCUUUAACAAUGCUAUUAUUCUUUCAAUGAAAGAGCUAAAGUAGCAUGAAAUUUUAUUUUUGCCUUAGCUGUGAACGUGAUCUGCAUUUUGCUCUCUUUUGAACAGUUGCUUGUUAAACUGGUGCAGUCGGACUCAUAAAUGACAUUGGGGUAAACACUUUAUGUGUGAAUAGAAACAAUAAAGACUCCUCUGCUUGCCUAACUCAUGAGAUGAUCAUUGUUCGGCAACAAAAAAAUACAUAAAUAAAAUGAAAAUUUUCACCUUCA